GUCCGAUUUGGAAUUCUUGGCGUGUAAAAACUUGUCAGACGCUCCAAUUCUUUUAUUAUUUCCGAAUAAUCACCAUUUUUAUGGAAAGAUCAUUAUAAAUGACUAUUAUUAAACUUGUAGUUUAUUUUAGAUAACGGCUACGGCGAUGAUUUCACCCUAAUUUUUCUUGAAUAUUCUCUCCACGUUAAACUAGUGAAACCGUUGGAGUAUUUUAAAUUUAUCAAAUGCAUUAUUUUCAAAUUCAAUAGUGUAUCGAUCUAACAUUGGGGCUAUUCAUCAUUCUAAAAAAUGUAGUCUGUAGAGGUAUUUAUAAGUUGUUGGCACGGAAGUGUUCAAGUGCUGACGUAUAAUAAUCUUUAAAAAUGGUGCACACUUAACCUAUUUGAGUACAUCCAGAGUGGAGGACAAGAGCGGACCAACGCCGUUUUGGAAAUAAUUUCAGACAAUCAAUAAAUUCGUCAAAAUGCCAGGAAAAAUAAAAGUGAGAAUUCUGGCAGGAAGAAAUCUGCCAGUUAUGGAUCGUUCUGGUGAUACAACUGAUGCUUAUGUAGAGAUCAAAUUCGGAAAUACAACUUACAAGACUGAUGUGUGCCGAAAGACUCUCAAUCCCCAGUGGAACUCUGAGUGGUACAGGUUUGAAGUUGAUGAUGCUGAGCUGCAGGACGAACCCCUGCAGCUCAGAUUAAUGGAUCAUGACACGUAUUCUGCUAAUGAUGCUAUUGGUAAAGUUUAUUUGAAUCUCAAUCCACUCUUAUUGCCGGGUUUACCUCCACCUGUUAAGAACAUUUGGACAUUGGAGGCUUCACUUUGUUCGAGCACUGGAUCUCAAGGGGGUUCUGUAAUGACCGGUUGGAUCCCUGUAUUUGAUACAAUGCAUGGAAUUAGAGGGGAAGUUAGCAUCAUAGUCAAAGUAGAAUUGUUCUCCGACUUCAAUAAAUUUCGACAGUCAUCUUGUGGAGUUCAAUUCUUUUAUUCCCCAAAUGUUCCCCAAGGAUACCAUGUUCAAGUUAUCCACGGAUUCGUAGAAGAGCUCAUUGUAAGUGACGACCCAGAGUACAAGUGGAUCGAUAAGAUAAGGACUCCACGAGCGUCGAACGAGGCACGUCAGACGUUAUUCAUCAAGCUCAGUGGGGAAGUCCAGAGGAAAAUAGGUUUAAAAGCAUUGGAUCUCGGUGGAAAUGCUGUGAUUGGUUACUGUCAGAAUUUCGAUUUGGAGGGAGAAUCAGGUAUCGUUGCUCGAGGGAUUGGUACUGCAGUGACUCUUAUAAAACUACAGGACAUCAGCAGCAUAACGAAUGACAGCCAGAAUGUUGAAGACCUUUCGUAUUUUGUUUCACAACAAUCUAAAAGCCAACUCGAUUGUUCAGAGAGUGAUGAUGGUUUGCCCCUGCUUUCAAAUUUCUCAAGUUCCCCUCCCUCCCAUUCUCCAAUGAAUCUUCAAGCCACGAAGAUUGGCAACAAUUUCCCCAAGUGUGAGUGGAAUAAAACAGCUCGAUCAGCCAUGAGAAUAACUGAUUACAGCGCGAAUAAUCUCAAACGACAGAUGUCAUUGCAAAGUAGUCCUCUAGGGCGGCUUAAAAAAUCCGGAGCCUUGUCGACCCAAUCAUUGUCAGAUGAGUUGAUAAGUGAGUCUUCUUUAAGAACAAUGUUAGCUCUGGAAGAUAUGAGGGGUGAGAGGACUUCCGCCUUCUCUCGAGGCUUGAAAAACUUGAGGUAUUUACCCAAAAAGAUGAUCCAGAUGAAAUCAAAGAUCUCUGAUUCUGUUGAUGAAGAGAGCGAUGAUUCGACUUAUUAUUCCAGCACUUGGUCAGUUGCUGGCUCAGACUCCACUCGAUCUUCAUUCUCAGAACUGAGGCAGUCUAUGAGGAAAAAGAAAUUUACACAUAAAAGGAAUCAGCCUGAUGGUGGCAUUGCAGCGCUGCUGAUUAGAUCAGUCCACGCUGGAUUCCCUCUUGACAGUGUUUUUGAGGAUCGAGAGACCCCAACUCCAUCCCCAGUUAAUUUUCUAGAUAAUUUUGAGGAUCUAAGCGAUGGUUCGAGACCACUCAGCACCUCAGAUGAUGGCAAUUCGAACGAAGAACCUGGUGAAAAGGUUGCGGUUAAAGAGAAUGUCAAGAGCCAUGUUUUUGCUCUUGAUAAAGAGGAUUGUGAUUAUACUGAUGGACAUGUUCCGAUGAUAUCUUCCUCUGAAACAGAUACAUCAACGUCGGAUGAAGAUGAACCUUCCGAGUCUAGUACCAAUUAUAAUAUUCUUGAUGAUUCGUUGACACUUGCUAGUGAAAAGAUUGAUGGGAUCGUGUCUGAAUGUUUUGGAAAGGAAGAUUCAUUGAAUAAUACAGUCGAAAAUAAUAGCACUGAUUAUGAUAAUAUUGUCGACAAUUUGUCAUCCCUUGGGAUUGAUUGGUCUAAUAAUAAUGACCAAUUGAAUGAAACUACAUCACAAGAAAUUGUGAAAAUUGAUCGACUAAACUCUGGACAAGUUGAAAUAUGUAAAAGUUGUGAAGACCCGCAAUCCAAAGAGCAAGAUGAAAGAAACUUCAACAAGGCUCUUGAAAGAGCCAAACAAAACUCUUUUCCAGAGGGAUUAAUCCUUGACUGUGACUUUGGGCCUGAUGAAAAUAUUCACCCCCUCAUUUAUCCUUUCUCUUCAACUGUUUCAGAAAUUAUUUCACAAGGUAACACUGAAACGCCCUCAACUAACAAGAAACCAUUAGAUUCCCAAUUACUCGAAGCAACUACAAUACCCAGCGAAAAUAUUUUGCUUCUGAAUAAAGUAUCAGAACCACCCUUGUCUAUCGAUAUAAGCGAUAUUCAACUAUUACAAACCAAUUACAAACCAAAAUUCCAUCCCGAAGUUAUAGGAGUUAUCCAAAAGCAGGCAGUGAAGCAGCCACGUGUACCUCCACAAAGAGACCCAGAGACUAUUUGCCAUCAGAAUCCAGGUGUAUUAUCCUACUGUAAAAGCUUUGAUAGCCCAACUGCUCAAGAUUUGGCAGUUCCGUAUAAAAGGUAUUUAUUACAUUGUGGCUCUCUGGAAGCUAAUAAAAAUCACCACGAAAAGAAGGACAAGAUGUCAAAAAAAGUAUCAAGAACAGAAACAGUGAUUUAUAAAGGACCCUCCAAGCUAAAAUCCCACAAGCCCCACACAUCAGGAGAUGAACCAUCGACCUCGAAAAAAGGUCUGCAUCUAGAUCCAAAAGAUAACAACAAAUCGAUUGCAGUCUCACCGAGACCAGCCAGAAUAGUAAUGGGGGGGCCGGCAGAACUCGAAUCAGAUAACUCCCAUCUUAAGCCACCAACACUUGCCGCCCUAGACAUGAACAUCCAUACUCCCUACUUGAACAUCCACAAUGAGAACCCUCCAGAGUUUACACUGGCAUUCCCCCAAGAAUACACCAUUGAAGCUCAACUGAUGAGCGAGAGAUUCACAAAGAAAUACCGUCAGCACUGUAUGCUCGAUUUGCUAAGAACCAUAGAUAUCAAGAUGAUGGCGCACCGUAUGCACUCGGAACGAAAGGAUUCAACGAGAAGCAAGAAAAGACAUGCCCACAGACAUAUCAACUCAACACCAUCUCCAGAAUCAAUUCACCGAACAAGAUCAUACAGAAAGAAUUCAAGAUCAAAAUCUCCGGAGAGACAUCACCAUCACCACCACUCGCACCACAACCACCAGAUCUCACCUCUCGCCACGUAUCCUUCAAACUCUCCUUCAGUUUCCACGAAAGUCACCAAAAGCUCACAGUCCUCCCCUAUAGAAGCCUCCCCAAAACAUGUUUCCAGCUUUAACGAGCCCCACUCACUGAUUCCAAGAGACAAAUUAAUUCCUAGUGAUAAAAUAAUACUUGAUCAUCACGACCUCAGAUACCACCAACUAUCUAACCAACUAUCAAAACAAAUAAUCACUCCAAAUGAUGACUCCAAUGAAAUUAUUCCCCUGAGUGUUAUUAAAAAAUCAACUAAUCCCGGAAGUUUGAAUCCUAGAGAUAUAAACACCUCGGUGCACAAGAGUCACAGUGAGGGAAGUUUGGAGGAUUUACAAAGCCAUUUAUCAAUAACUAAUAUUACUAACAUAUCUAAAAUGACUGACGAUACGCGUGUGGCCUCUCCGCCUCUUACUCCCAGACUGCAGGAGGAAUCAUCGAGUCCAGUCAAUACCCCAGUGUUUCCUGCCUCUGUUGGCUCCAAAGGGACAACUACACCUGCCGCUAAACUACCCACACCACUGCAUCGAAGAUCCAGCGAUUCUGACCUGAGCAUCACACCUAAGGGAUUUUGUAAAUUCUUUCACAAACUUUCAACUCAACAACAAUUAACAACAGGACAUACACCUCCACUGGAUGUACCAAAACCAAUCCUUCAAACAGAACGUAAUGGGAACUCACUGGCUGGUAGUGACAGAUCGAUGGGGGGAGGUCAUUUGAGGCCGUCGACUGCAAUUGUUAGAACUAUGAAUCAAGAUACCUUGGAGAUGCUUGAGUAUCCAUUUAUAACAAUGCAAUAUUAUCCACCUGGCUUCGUUUUGCACAUAGGUGGAUUAGUAAGUGCAAGAUCAGUCAAGUUAAUAGAGAGAAUUACAAAUCUGGAAGAGCCCGAGGGCCGUGACGCCUGGUGGAAGGAGAUUAGAAUGGAAGUUCGAUCUCACGCUCGUGCGCUUGGUUGCAAUGUUGUUCUCGGUUAUAAAGAAGAGAUUAGUAUAUGUGAUGACGUCUGCGUGUUGAAUGCAUCCGGUACAGCAGCUGUGAUAAACCUCUUGAAUACUAGUCAAGAUCAAGAGAUAUUACUCAAUAAAACGCAAACGCCUUCAGUGACAAAUGCCCUCGAUAAUGAUAAAGAGAAAAAUUCACAGAAAAACGUUGUUACUAAAAAUGAAAAGAGUGAGGAGGUGCCAGUAGUUGUUUGUCAAAACCAAACAGUUAAAAUUAAACGUAUUUCAGAUUCCAACGAUCAUGAAAUAUCAUCAUCAUAUAUACCCUUUCAAAGUGCUUGCAGCCUCUGUCAUCUUCCCUACAAUGAGUCAAGUGUGCCUUUCAGAGUGGAUGUAUCAAAAUGUGUAAUAUGUAGACGAUACAAAGUCCCUGAUGUAUUAUUCACAACAAUUGAAUUACCAGAUAAUAUACCGACAACGGGACGUGGUUGUUUUCUUCAGGCAACUGUUUGUAAAAAUAAGAGAGAUCUGCGUGGUGAAUUGAAUGCCAAAGAGAUAUCAGACUGUUUACCAUUUUUAGAAUAUGAGUUACACAGUUUAUUGUUGAAUAAGCUCAAAGUUAAAGGUAUGAAUGCCAUUUUUGGAUUGAAAGUCCAGGUUUCAAUUGGAGAGAGGCUUGUUAUUGGUAUGGCUGUGGGUACUGCUGUUUUUUUGACUGCUUUACCAAUACCUAGUAUACCGAAAAUAGCGUCUGCUAAUUCUUGGCAUAAUGAGGAACAACUUGGUGAAAUACAGAAGAAUCUCAUCGAAACUGUCAAGAAAAAUCGAGAGUAUUACCGUCUUAAACCCAUAACCGAUAUUGAAAAUGGUCGAGCAGUCACGACAUCAGACACCGACGAUUCUGAUGAAGAACUCCCUGAUCUAGAUUUAGGUGCAGGCACGAAAGAUGCUUGUGUCUUGGAAGUAGACGAUGUCGAGGAUAUGGACAGAAUUAAUCUUCUAAUGGACGACAGACCACCUGAUGAUUUUCAUGUUGUAAAUACUCAAAGCAUCCCUGGCCUGGAAGAUCUGGAAAUAGUCAGAAAUCUCCAGAUGUUCACUCAGAUAUCGAGGGCAAAAAUACCCGCUGGACAAUUUGCAUCGAUGCCGUCCAAGUAUUUCGCCCGAAUUCUUCAAACUAUCUUCUUUAAACUGAGGAGAAUGGUGCCGUGUGCUCUCUGUGAUAUGCAAUUUAAAGUGGCACUUCCUGAACAGGACGAGAUACAGCUGACAGUUGUAGGGAUGGCGUUGGGGCUGGGAGAGCCCACGAAAAUGAGUAGAUAUAAAAAAAAGGGUGUUGUUAAUAAUUCGUCGAGUAGAGAUCAACUGAAGAAGCCGGAUGAUAAUGAUUUGAUAUUCAGUCUCGAUGAAGAUCAUGCUGAGAAUUUCAACAGUUCAUCAGACGGCCAUGUGGCGAUCAACCAAUCAUUAACCUCGAUUUCAAAUUCACCAUUGAUAAAUUCCAAUCAAAAGUAUCGAGCGAAAUCUCCGUUCAAGAAUAGAUCGCAUCAGCAUAAGUACAAGCAUAUGCCUCUGAAAGAGAGAUAUGGCGUGGAUAUAACACCUCUGUCAUAUCUACCGGGUGGAAGAAUUGAGAGGUACUUAGGAAACUUGAACUUCUUCUUUAUCAGAGAGAGUACAUCAAUUAGAGAGAAUGGUGGACUCAGUGGAUUCACUCACAGCUUCGUGACGGAAGUAUUAGCGAUUGUUCGUGCCCACAUCACAGCGCUCGGUGGCAACGCUAUGGUCGCAUUUUUCAUGAUGCAGUGCAUACUACAACACAGUUCACACAAGAAUCAGGGCCAGUGUCUCAUCAAUGUUGGUGGUGACGUCGUAUCUGUAUCUUAUUUUGGUGACGAGAGACACCAUCAAAAUUGCUGACAGCAACCACCCUACUCAGCCCCACCAUGAAACGUGGCAAUAUCGUUUGGAAUACUACCGACGAUAAAUUAAAUAUAACCGAGGAAAAAUAGAGAAAAUAGAAGCAAUAAAAUGAUGUUGUGGGUUCAGUAACACAUAUGUCGUGUCAUUAAGAGAAUGCUAGUCGUAUUUAAUUUGAUACGAUUUUUAAUCAUAUAUAUAUAUAUAUAUAUUUUUUUUUUUUAGAAAAAAUCCAGAUAUUUAACAUUAUCGCCAUUUUAUGAUAGUCGAGUAAUUAUUGAUAACAGUUGACUAUUUUGUUACAAUUUUCUCAUUAUUUAUUGGCAUUGUGUACUUUACUAAUUCAAUUUAAUUUCGAGAUUAUCAUGUUUUCAACCACAGGGUUUGUUGUAAAUGACAAUAUUAGUAGAGAACAAUCUUCUUCAGCCUUAAAACGUCCUUUUCCAAGAAUGACAUUGUUAUUCUAGUCGCACUAACGAAACAUAAUUGCAAUUGAACGAAUUAAUAAACGCAAGAGGCUCACUCAACGUUACUCCUAGGUAUAUUAAUUAUCUCGUACUCUCAAAUUACUAGACUUGUCACUGCACUGCUACUAUUCUAAUGCGCUCGUACUCGCGAUCGGUUUAUGAUCACAUCACUUAACACUGUUACUCUGCAACUGCAGUAGGUGUUACAAUAAUCGUUCGUUCAAGUGUCCAAGUGUUUAUGGAGUUGUAAUAAUUUUUGAAAAAAUAACUCGGAUCCUCGUGGUACAAUAUUGGUGAUGAAUACUCGUGUGCCGAGAACAACUACUCCCAGUUGUGAAAUCAAUAUAGUUGAAGCGAUACAGCAUCACAGUCUUUUCUUCUCCUGCUGCACUUGAUUUACUCCAGCAUAAAAUUUUUAUCCAGUUGCAAUGUUGAUUGAUUGAAACCACUUAAAUUAUAAUCGAAUAUAGAUAUGAACGAAUCCAUUUAUCCAUUGAUUUCUAGGGCUUAUCAAAAAAUAGUCUGAUAAUAUAGUUUAUGAAAAUUAUAGUUUAUAAACUAUUUUCAACCUUACCCAGUCUAUUCACAUUGAAUCUGAAAAUGGAGCAUUACAUUUCCUGUUUACCUCUCUCUAUUCACAAGUGAAACAAUGUCACAUUAAUAUAGGAAUUAGUCAUCAACUCUUGUCAUUUCUUUAUCAAUAGAGUUAAAAAAAUGCAAUGUAAAUUGCCCAAGCGCUCAAAGUUAUACAAAAACGUUCGGUUGUGCAACAAUUCAAAAUAACACUUAAUUAUUCUGAAUUCAUUAAUUUUUAAAUGACAAAUAGGUGAAAUACCUCGCAAUUGAGCGCUUUUAACUAGUUUAAGAAUCUUCACGUAUCUUUACAAAUUGUAAAUAAAUCAAUAUAUUGCAUUAUAUUAU